CGGCAGCAACAAGACAAGCGAUUGAUAAAAAGUGAUCAGUAGUGAUAAUAAAACCAACAUAGUCACAUGCAAAAAUACUGUACAGGCCUACAUUAGUAAGCAAUUUUGAAACAACGUUAUUUGCGACCUGUUAACUGAGCCGCUAGAUCUAUCAGGUAGUAAGAUGGUGUAAUUACAGUCACUAUGGCACCACAAAAAAUGUGUGUUCUAGAAAAAGAUUUUAAUGUUGACUUCAAGUGCACCAUUCCUUCACCUAGCGCGGAUAAUGCUGAACACAAGAUGAAAUGGUUUUUUCGAAAUGAACCAAUUGAUUUUGAUGACGAAACAGUUCUAGAUAGCGGUGUAACAAUUAAAAAAUACAAAGAACUGUACAAUGAACUAAGCAUAAGGAAUAUCGAACGUCGAGACGAAGGCCAUUACAAAUGUCAAGUUGGAAAUACAGCUGUCGAAUACAUUGGUGAGCUGACAGUGGGUAAUUGUCUAGACGAAAACCCAUUCGUAAGAUGUGACAUGACUCUUUCCAACUCAACGUCACGUACAGAUCGUAACAACAUAACGAUGAUUGCCGGACACAUUCUUCAAGUAAAUAUAUCUUGCAAGGCUUUUAUUGGCAACAAUGUUUUAGUCAACAUUACAAUAAUAAAUGUUGCUAACCAUAGCACUGCACCAGCACUUCCUGUCUAUUAUCACGUUGAAGAACAGUCCAGUGCUACACGCGGAGUGUAUGUAAGUCACGCAGUAGACGUCGCAGGUUUAGAUGGACGGCAAUUCUGGUGCGUGGCAGAUCAUCCAAAGAUGUCACAUCCGGUCAACUGCUCUACUCCUUCACUGAUAACGCCUAAAGUAAAGAUUAAUGGAAAUGCCGACAACACGCAGUUCGAAUGUAAAGUGGAAUCUUAUCCCCCGUUUACAUCAUACCAGUGGAAACUUUGCCGUUACCCAGAAAAGGAAACGAAUGUUCAAAAAGAAGAAUGUGAGAUAUUGAACAUCACAAGCAGUAAUUUGAAUUGGACAAACAAUGGUGGAAUGAAAGAAUGGUUUGUAUUGAUAUGUGAGGUUGAAAAUGCUGUUGGAAUAGGACAUGGUGAACUGACAAUUAUUCUUAAUAGGGAAACUAGAAAGAAAACAGGAAAUAGCAAUUCCAUCUUGGUAAAAUUGUACAUUGGUGUUGCCUCCUUAUUAUUAAGUUUUCUCGUUGUCUUGGUAUAUUGUUGUAAACGUUCAAGACGGAGAACACGCGUUAAAAGAAAAAAGAAAGCAGAAACAUUUGAAGAAGUUAAGGUAAGCACUGCUUACAAGCCCGAUAUUUCACAUUUGCUCCAAAUCACAACAGAUCCGUCGUCACUGCAUGCAACUCCAGUAAACCCGAUGAAGAAAUGCGCGACUUACGCGUAUGAUUCCCAAUCCGACAAUCAAAAAGUACGACCUGUAUAUUUUACACUGGAGAAGGAAAACAAAUACCGACAAACCAACAAAAUAAAUGACUUAUAA